AUGGGCGCCCGCGGCGGCUCGGGGCUCUACGUGGGGCGCCGUGCGGCCGCCCUGGUGGCCGCGGUGCUUCUGGCCCUUCUGGCCGCCCUGCUGGCCCUCGCCGCCCUCUACGUGCGCUGCCGCGGGGAGGAGGCACCCCUGGCGCCCCACUCGCCCCCCGACGGGACGGCCGGAGGAGCCAGUGUCCCCGGGGGUCCGCCGGGGGUCCCGUCGUGGCGGCGGCUGCCCCGGCACCUGCUACCGCUGCACUACGACCUGGAGCUGUGGCCGCGGGUGCGGCCGGGUCAGGCGGGACCCUUCUCUUUCGUCGGGCAGGUGAACAUCACGGUGCGCUGCCGGCAGGACACGCGGGCCGUGGUGCUGCACAGCGCUGGGCUGCGCAGCCGGGGAGCAGCCGUCCGGGGACCCCUGCCCGAGCCGGGAGACGCCUUCCGGGGGUCCCUGCCCGAUCCCGGCGCCGCCGUGGAGGUGGCGGGGCUGCGGCAGGAGGCGGCGGGAGAGGUGGCGGUGCUGGAGCUCCGCGGGCGGCUGCGGGCCGGGCGGCGCUACAUGCUGCAGUUCGGCUUCCAGGGCCGCCUGGAGGAGGACCUGGACGGGCUCUUCCUCACCCGCUACACCGACCAGGGCCGCAGCAGCAUGCUGAUUGCUUCCCAACUGGAACCAACAUAUGCCAGGACAGUUUAUCCAUGUUUUGAUGAACCUGCCAUGAAGGCCACAUUUAAUAUCAGAAUUAUCCACGACCCAAGCUAUGUGGCUCUUUCUAACAUGCCUGCUAUUGACACAUCUGAGAUGAAGGACGAAAAUGGAAGCCUGUGGACUGUUACUACCUUUAACACUUCGUUGAAAAUGUCAACUUAUAUAACUGCUUUUGUGAUUUGUGAUUUUGAUUAUGUCACCAGAACUGAGCGGGGAAAUGAGAUACGUAUUUGGGCUCGGAAAGAGGCAGUUAAAAAUGGGUAUGUUGACUAUGCUUUAAAUAUCACAGGCCCAAUAUUUUCAUUUCUGGAAGAUUUACUUAACAUCAGCUACCCGCUGCCAAAGACAGAUCUGGUUGCACUGCCUGAUUUUGGAGCAGGUGCUAUGGAAAACUGGGGGCUAAUGACUUUCCAAGAAUCAUCACUGAUGUACCUCCCAAGUGAUAAAUUCACAAGCAGAAAGGCAAUGAUUGCCAUAAUUGUGUCACAUGAGCUAGGACACCAGUGGUUUGGAAAUCUGGUUACAAUGAACUGGUGGAAUGAUCUGUGGCUUAAUGAGGGGCUGGCGUCUUACUUUGAGUACCUGGGAGCUACCUUUGUUGAACCCAAGCUUUCACUGGAUAAAAUCUUCUAUGAUCACGUUGUACAACCUGUCUUAAGGGAAGACAAUGAAGUAGGAGUUCGAUCACUGUCAGAGAACGAAGACAAGAUCAAAGGAUCAUUUUCAUUAAUUUCUCUGUUUGACAGCAUCACGUACAACAAGGGGGCUGCUAUUACCUGGAUGCUUUCUGGUUUUCUGACUGAGAAGUUGUUUAUCAAAGCUCUUAAUUCAUAUCUGAAAGAAUUUUCCUUUUCAAAUGCUAACCAAGAUGAUCUCUGGACCCACAUACAGAUGGUUGUAGAUGCAAAGGAUGAAGUUCAGUUGCCAGCAUCUGUAAAAAAAAUAAUGGAUUCCUGGACAUGCCAAAAUGGGUUUCCAGUUUUAACAUUAAACAUAACCGCUGGCACAAUCAGUCAGGAACAAUUUCUUCAUAAAAAGAAUGAAAACACCAGUACUGAUUCUUACAACAACACAUGGAUUGUUCCUAUUUCUUGGAUGAGAAAUGGAUCAUCACAACCUCUAAUAUGGCUAGAUAAAAGCAGCAAAUUUUUUCCUGAAAUGCAAGUGUCAGAAUCAGAAUAUGACUGGAUCCUGCUAAAUGUAAAUUUAAGUGGAUACUACAGAGUGAACUAUGAUCAGUUAAACUUAAAAAGAUUAGUACACUUGCUUGAAAAUGAUCCAAAGGCUAUUCCUGCUGUCAGCAGGUUCCAGCUCCUAGACGAUGUUUUUGCAUUGACACAGUUUGGAUAUAUUCAGAUUGAAACAGCACUUGAACUAACAAAGUACCUUGCCAGAGAAGAUGAACUCUUCAUAUGGAAUGUGGUAUUGUUAAAUCUAGUGCCAGAGAAUUUGGAAAGUACUCUGAAAAACUAUGAAGUAUAUCCACUUUUAAAGAAAUACCUUUUAAAGAGAAUGUUGCCAAUAUACCAUUAUUAUGCAGGUUUUAUUCGUCAAAAUGUUGAUGCUUUGGAACAUGACUAUUUUGCACAAGUGUAUUUGGAAAAACUUUUUGCAACAGCAUGCUGGUUGGGUCUCCAAGACUGUUUGGACCUGUCAUCUGAACUGUAUACUAAAUGGAUGGACAACCCUCAGUACAAAAUUCCCUUUUUAAUUAGAAGAACGCUCAGUUGCUAUGGUGUUGCACUGGGAAGUGAUAAAGAAUGGAAUUUUGCAUGGGAAAUGUAUAACCAUACUGACUCCACAAAGGAAGAUAAAGACAUCCUCCUCUCUGCCAUGAGCUGUGCCAAAGAGUCAUGGUUGCUUCACAGAUACUUGCAAUAUGGACUCAGUGAUACAUUAUUUUCUUCUAACUGUACUUCAACCAUCAUUUCAUACGUGGUAACGAAGGACAUUGGGCACCGAAUAGCCUGGGACUUUGUUACAGAAAAUUGGCCACUUUUAAGUGAAAGGUAUGGAAAGGAAUUACUGCAUGAUGUAUUAAAAGUCAUGGGAAGAUUUGUCAAUACAGAUGUACAGAUCCAAGAGAUUGAUGGGAGAGACUUUUUGCACUGUGAUUGUAGAUGAGGCAGCACAAGAGUAUUCUGCUCCCCAACUAGUUCCAGACACAGUAGUAGUGAAGCUGGCUACAUUUGGAAGGAUCUUUAGAAGGAAUGCAAAAAGGCACAUUCCUGUUGCAGGUUUUCUAUAAUACUACACUGGAAGAGGAUGAGAGAGUGA